AUGGGUCUCUCAUACAACGUCUACCUGGACGCCGACAAGAUCUUUGGCUGUAAGAAUUGCAAGGCUCAUCUUGCAGAUUACAACGAUAUUAUCAGCCGUAGCUUCCGCGGCCAACACGGCAAGGCAUACCUCUUCAAUAACGUGGUCAACGUCAUAACCCUCGAUGCUGUCGAACGAAGCAUGACCACAGGUCGACAUAUCGUACGCGACAUCACCUGCCGUGGAUGCAAAGAGACGGUAGGAUGGAAGUACGACAAAGCCUACGAACCCACCGAGAAAUACAAAGAAGGGAAGUUCAUUCUGGAGGAAGAACUACUCUGUAUUGUGUGUUAA